CCACCCCGCGCUCCGAUUUAGGUGGCGUGUCCCGGCCCAGGCGUGUGCGCUCUGCUCAGCCCGGAUGGGGGGACUCGGAGGCUGCGGGGCAGCUGGCGAGGGGCGCUCUUCUGCUCGUGAGCACUGAAGCGGGGCAGCGGGCCAGCGCGAGCCUUUCUUCCUGCGCGAUUCCCGCGGCUCCCGGUAGGAGGUGAGCGUCCCCGGGCUGGGGCCAGUGGCGUCCUAGGGCUGAGCUGGGAGCGGGCUGCCGCCGGGCUCGGAUAGGCUCGGGCUCCGCGGCGCUGCAGCUCCUGCGGCCGGCUUUGACAGAUCGAGUCCGAGGCAAUUGAAGACUUGCAAAGAAGUGAUUUCAAAGCCUCUUCUGAUUUUCAAAGCCAACUUGUGACAGGAAGAACUAAAAGCCAAGCCUACUGGGGAAGGCUGUUUCACCAAAGGAUCAAAAUGGCAUCUCAAUGGAUGGUUACCGUGUUGGGACUGAUGAAUUGGUGUUUGGUGACAACAGGUCCUGUGCCUCCGACAGAAUGUGUCCUCUCCCCUGUCAACUCCUCACACCCCGUCCAAGCUCUGUUGGAGAGUUUCACUGCCUUGUCCGGCUGUGCGAGCCGGGGCACAAUCAGUCUUCCUCAGGAGGUACAUGUCCUGAAUCUCCGGAAUCCUGGUGAAGGACCUGGCCUGCCCGAGAGAGAGAUCACUCUGCACCUGAAACCCAUCUCAUCAGUACACAUUCAUCAGAAGUCUUUUGUGUUCCUGCUCAAUUCCCCUCAGCCUUUGGUCUGGAAGUUAAAGAUCGAGAGGCUUGCUCCUGGCGUCCCCAGAUUUUUCUUUGUGUCGGAAGGCUCUGUGGUCCAGUUUCCAGAAGGAAACUUCUCCCUUUCAGCAAGAACAGAAGAAAAAAGCUUUCCCCAUGGAAAUAUCCAUUUGUUGCACUGGGCCCAGAAGGAAUAUGGAGCAGUCACUUCUUUCACCGAACUCAAGAUAUCGAGCAAUGUUUACAUCAAAGUGGGGGAAGAUCAAGUUUUUCCUCCCACUUGCAACAUUGAGAAGAAUUUUCUGUCCCUCAAUUAUCUCGCGGGAUAUCUUCAGCCAAAGAUGGCCGAGGGAUGUAUAAUGUCCAGCUUGCCUCACGGCCAGGAAGUACACAUCAUAGAAUUAAUCACACCCAACUCAAAUCCCUACAGUGCUUUCCAGGUGGACAUUGUAAUUGAAAUCAGACCAUUUCGAAAGGAACCCAAGGUGAUCAAACAUCUCGUCCUGAUCUUAAAGUGCAAGAAAGCUGUCAACUGGGUGAUCAAAUCUUACGACGUCAAGGGAAGCCUUAAAGUGAUUGCUCCAAAUAGCAUUGGCUUUGGGAAAGAAGGCGAGAGCUCCAUGGCUGCAACAAAAUCCGUAAGAAAUGAUAUUCCUUCAACUCAGGAAAAUUUGGUUAAGUGGGCCUUCAAUAAUGGCUACAGUCCAGUGACAUCCUACACGAGGGCCCCCGUGGCUAAUCGGUUUCAUCUUUGGCUUGAGAAUAAUGAGGAGAUGCGCGACGAGGAGGAGCACUCGGUGCCCCCAGAGCUGCAGAUCCUCCUGGGAGGCAGCCCCCUGCCAGCCCCGGAGAACCCCGCCGGAGGCUUCCCCUUCCCGUUCCCUCCCAUCCUCCGGAAAGGCCGGCAUGAGGAGAAGGCCGCGGAGGGGCUGCCCGGGCCCAGGAGGCCGCUGCACCCCGCGCUUGCACUGCUUCCCGGGCCCCUGGAGCCCCAGGAUGCGCAGGGACACGCAGACGUCCCCUUCUCCGUCAGCUGCGAUGAGCACAAGAUGGUGGUGGCUGUGGAAAAGAAGGCUCUGCAGGCUAGCGGCUACACAGGGACGGAGCUUUCCCUGUCGGAUCUCACCUGCAAAGCCAAGACCAACGGAACCCAUUUCAUCUUGGAAUCCUCCCUGAAAGCCUGUGGGACCCAGCAGCGCCCGUUGGCCCCUGACAGCAUGGUGUAUUAUAACUCGAUUAUAAUGCAGGUAUCAGCCCCCGGGGACAGCAGUGGAUGGCCCACUGAUUACGAAGACCUGGAGUCUGGCAAUAAUGGCUUUCCAGGAGAUACAGAUGAAGGAGACAGCUUCUUCAUAAGCAGGCCUGAGAUCAUCAUGUUUAACUGCAGCCUGAGACAGACAGGUAUUCCAGAAGUAUCCCAUCAGCCCCAGGCCCAGAACAUCACCUUCAACAUGGAACUGUAUGAUACAGACCUCUUCCUGGUGUCCAACUCGAGUAUCUUAACAGUGGCCGAAAAUGGGUACAUUUAUGUUGAGGUCUCUGUUACCAAGGCCGACCGAGACGUGGGAUUUGCCAUCCAAACGUGUUUUAUCUCUCCGAAUGCCAACUCUGACAGGAUGUCUGAUUACACUAUCAUCGAGAACAUUUGUCCUAAAGAUGAAUCUGUGAGAUUCUAUUCGCCCCAGAAGGCCCAUUUCUCUCGGUUCCACACUCAUAUGGACAAAAAAAGAUUUAGCUUCAGACUUAAACCCAUUUUUAACACUUCCCUGCUCUUCCUACAAUGUGAACUCACCUUGUGCACAAAGAAGGAAGAAGAUACCCACAGAUUGCCAAAGUGCAUCCCUCCUGACGAAGCCUGUACCUCUCUGGACGCCAGCAUGAUCUGGGCCAUGAUGCAGAACAAAAAAACAUUCACCAAACCCCUGCUGAUCAUCUAUGGAGACGAAGCCACAGAUUCAACUAUUGCCAAUCCAAUCGGGAAAUCACUACACUUUUUACCCGGCCUGGACACGCUGACCGUCAUGGGCAUUGCCUUUGCAGCUUUCGUGAUAGGAGCACUCUUGAUGGGCGCCUUGUGGUACAUCUACUCUCAUACAGGAGAGACGGCGGGAAGACAACAAGUGCCCACCUCCCCCCCUGCCUCGGAGAACAGCAGCGCCGCCCACAGCAUCGGCAGCACCCAGAGCACGCCCUGCUCCAGCAGCACCACCUAACCCCGCGGGGCGGGGCGGGGACCGUCUAUCACCUGAGCCUCCAAUGGGGGGGAAGGGGGGGUUAACUCGGUUCCCGUGGAAAGCCGGAAGGGGUCUUAGCGUUAAAAAUCACCGGGCGUAUCCGUCCCCAUCCCCCCUCCUCCGUCAUCAUGGGUUUUGGGCCUUUCCCUGGUGGGUCAGGAUACGCGUAAAAAACCAAAACUCCUUGUCCGGCCGCCGCGCGGCGACUUGGUUGGAGGCUCCUUCGUGUGAAACACACCUUAUAACCUUGCUUGUCUGAAAAAACAUCCUCCCUUCCUUGGGAUUUCCAGCUCGUACCCGGUGCAAGGAGUUGGUGAAGGGAUAGAAAUACGGGAAGGUAGGUGACGUCGCCCAAAGGAGAACCGAGACGUUGCUAGCCGGCAUUGAGGUAGCGGGCGGCUGGUCCUUGGGCCGCCCCCACACCUCUGUGGGGUUCUCGCAGCGCUCUUACCCGGCCCGAAGCCUCGUGGGUGGGCGUGGCUCCCGCCGCAGUCCCCGCCUCCCCACCCACAAGGCAGCGGGCCUUCACCUCAUGCCAAAGGGCCCCGAGAGCAUCUCCGGCCCCGCUCGGUGGCCCAGGCCCGCAGCCGCUGACGGCGCGUCCUCUGCCUGUGGGCUCCAGUUAGGCCGGGCCGGAGGUGGCCCGGAAUUGUCAGAGGUAGCGCCCGCCCCGAUAGCAGAUAUAAUGCGGAGAGAGGCCCGGAUGGGGCCGCUAACCUACCGUGAGGGGCUGUCCAGCUCGGGAAGGAAUGCGGCUUCCCAGCCGGACCUUACCCGGCGUAUGUUUGGGGUGACAGGCUCUACCCUGGCAAAACAGGUCAAAACUGUAGGCCCGAUUUACAUAUUAAAAUAUAAAGUAAAAAAAACCAAGCCAGGACAAAACCAGAAAGGUCAAAACUGUAGGCCCGAUUUACAUAUUAAAAUAUAAAGUAAAAAAAAACAAGCAAGGACAAAACCAGAAAGGUCAAAACUGUAGGCCCGAUUUACAUAUUAAAAUAUAAAGUAAAAAAAAAACAAGCAAGGACAAAACCAGAAAGGUCAAAACUGUAGGCCCGAUUUACAUAUUAAAAUAUAAAGUAAAAAAAAA